GGCACUUCAGUCUCUGUAAGCCGACAAUCGCUUGCGGACCGCCAGCUCGAUCAGUUCAGCCCUGUGUGGAUUGAUCUUCCCGGAGCCAGUCGCACGAGCAAUUGUUCUCUUCCCGUUCGUUUCAACCUUUUUUUUUUCUUUUUGGCGCGCGUCCGUUCGCGGCUCUCCCGCAGAAUUCUACUAAAUUAUACUCUUAAUUCCCACACACCGACUUCCCGGUCGGGCGUAUCGCGUUGUGUCGUGUGUGUGUGUGUGCGCGCGCUAAAUGUGGUUUAAAGAAGAAAAAAAUCACGAAGAGAAAUAACCAUCACUUCCAAGGAAUUCAAACGAAUAAUAAUUUCAUACAGAAAAAUUCCGUUUGAUAUACUCCAAGGGAGAAGUGAAUAUCCCACUUCAAGUGCUUUUGCUGCUUUGUGCAGAAAUAGUAGAACACAACAGUGAGCGAAAUUUACGCGGAAGUGUCCAAAUGUGAAGAACAAACUAUCGGUCGCAAGACUUUUCUGUGAACUUCAUACAGUUGUUUGCUUAACUUUUGCCUCAUCCGGUGAGGGAGGUUUUGCAGUUCAGACAAUUUACGCUAUUAUUACUGCUUUUAGACGGUUUUUGUUUUGUCGGAACAUUGGCAGUUUUGAUACCACAAACUACACAGUAAUAGUGUAGAAAAAAAAUAAAAAAAAGGUUUAACCAAUUCACCUGCGUGUUUUUGUACGCAACCAAGUGUCCAAGUGUUUUGUGCCGCGUAUGUGGAGAAAGGCUUACAAUUGCCGAAUGGCGCAGCAGCAGCAACCAUCAUCGUCACCUGUUUCCAUUGCGCUCCGGUGGUGAAAAAAAUCUAAAAUCCGGGCGGUGAAAAGAAAAGCUCAUCUCACUGCUCUGCACAGCCGGAUUCUCACCCGGUGCAUAUUUCACAAAUGUCGUACGCGAAAAUGUCGCACAAUAAAGCACGGACAGCGCUGUAGCAAAAAAAAACGGAAAGUGAAAACAUCCGUGUGCGUGGGUGGAACCCCCCGUGCGUGUGUGUGAAUCUGUUGUGUUUCUGUGUGUGGAUACGUGCGUUUUUUUUUCUUUCUAAAUGUGCCCUGUGUGUGUUUGUGCGUAAUAAAGGAGGUGUGUAGCAGCAAUUUUGGCUUAAUGCGUCACAUAUUGCGUAUUGUGAGUUGAAUACUGGUUCGCACAACAUAAAGUUCAUCGAAAAAGUGCAAUUCUUUUUUGUGCGCCGCGACAUUUCCCCCCCCCCCCCCCCCCCCCCCCCCCCCCCCCCCCCCCUUUGGAGUGAGAAUUUUUCCCAAGGGGGCGAAAAAAAAAAUAAUAAGAAGCAUAUUCGCGCGUGACGUGUGAAAGACGAAUCUGAAUUUCGUCUCACUUCUUUCUCACUCGUUCCACCCCCCGGGGGGGCGUUUGUGCAAAAAAGGAAGUGGCAAACCUCUCCUUCACACAGCUGAAAACUGAAAAUUCUACUAUCAAACUUGUUCGGCCCCCGAAAAAAACCCACCCAAAAGGAAGUUUUUUCUGGGGUACAGAGAGGGAGAGAGAGAAAGAGCGAGAAAAAAAGGAACAAAACGCAUCCCACAAUCAAACAUUGGCGUCUCAUCAAACAAUUAAUUCGAAUUUGAUCGUGAACUGGUGUGCAAAAAAAAAGGUGUAAAGGUGUGAUACACGUACACACACUUUCUGGCUUCCUUGUAGUGUGUUUAAGGGUGUAGUUUUCAAACGCGAAAAUACCCUUGUAUGUGUUAUAAAUUCUGAUAAAGAAAAAAGAAAAUUAAAGCAGAAAACUAUAUCCGUGUGUGGCGGAGGAUAAAAGCAGAGAGAAACGAGAGAUCGAUAGGCAAAAUAAUUAUUGAUCCGGUUUUUUUUAUACACUCGCGCACUAUCAUCACUCCCCCGUCGAUCACACUACUAUCAACUUUGCUUUUAGUGAGACAAAUAAAGGUGAGAAAAAAAAGCGGGCGAUAUUAGCCUGUAUAUAGCCCCGACAGCCAAUUUAUCGGGCUACUACAAAGGAGUGUUCUCUAGUGGUUUCGCUUUGUGGCUCUGCUUUUGGCUAAAAUAGACAUAAAUACGAACUGCCCCGCGAUAGUGAAAUAAUUAAUUAUUUGCACCCAAAAGCAUUACCCUUAAAGUUCGGUGUUUAUCACUACGGAUUCGUGUGCUGUGAAUUUGAAGAAAAAGGGGAAGAAAAAGGCACUACACACAGAAAAGGUUAAUUAUGGUUUCACAUCAGGAACAUUGGGAACAAACGAUCAAGAUGGAAACGAUCGACGACGCAGACACGAGCGAUUUUAACCAGAUAGACCUAUCGAAGGUAGAGCAGCUGUUCGAGGGUGGCAUCUCACCAGUAUGUACCGUGCCGGAUAAUUCUAUCUCGGUAAUGAGUUGUGACAGUCCCUAUUACGGGACGUUUUACGAUAGGGACAAGCAACCCGAUCAGAAAACACAAAUCCGCCAUGAUUGUAUGUGGGCCGGUAUGUGUGCUGAUCAGUCCCAUCCGGAAAAGAGCAGUGUUGGAUGUGGAGGAUGUCCUCGACAUCAGCUGCAUCAACAGCAAAAACAACAAACGCAGCAGCAGCAACAGCAACUGCAACAUCAACAACAACAGUUCUCGUCAAUAAUUGAUACAGCCGGAAAUCUGAUGCCUUCGAAGAAUCUUCUUAAGGUAGCAAAGAUUUCAGAGCAGCAGCAGCAAACAGGAAAAAUUGACGAAAAAGCGAAAAGUGUUGUGGCAAACUGUACAGCACUUUCUGCUUCCCACACCAACACCACCACCACCACCACAACCCUGCCAGUUGCCAUGAAAUCGAUGAUAAACAGUUUGCGGACACCGUUCAAAGAGGCACAAACCUCGGCACAGAUACCGGCCGGCAGCUCGCUGCUCAUCCGCCGUCAGCAGCAACUUUCUUCCGCGAUGUUCAUCCAGAACUACAAACAAUUACCGCCCUCGCCACCAUCGUCCUCGGAAAGCUGUACCAGCUUGAGCGAAGGCGGCGGCGCCGGUGGAAGUGAGCCGGGUGAUACGAGUGUGCGGGUGCGCGUACCGAAUCUGCCGCGCGCCUCCUUUCUGCGGGUGCGCGAACAGGAAGCACGCAGUAUAGCGGCCCAAAACCAUGCGCGGCCCGAUACACCCCUCAGUCUGGACGAUGAUCCGCUCGAGUUCAAGCAUAACCUCGAUCUGGUCGCUACCUGUACGAUAGGGUCCAACCAGCAAAGUCUGCUGCGUACUGCGUCCUCCUCACCGUCACCGAUCACCGCUAACAGCAGCUCGUCUUCCUCCGGCAAUGGUAGUGCCAGCAUUAAUGUCGCACCAACCACCUCCAGUAACAAUUUUAGCACGGCAACUACGUCGGGUGGAGCAGAAUCUCGUACGGGCGGGUUGUUUGGACGGUUGGGUGGGAACUGUACUUGUGGUGCGGGCAGUAUUACCAACACCAGCAGUAUAGGUAGUGGCAGCUGCCAUACGACCCAGUGUUACUACAACUACCUGGUCGACACGAGCAGUACGGAGGACAUGCGUAAGAAGCAGCUCGACGAUCCGUACGGUUUGAGUGAGUACUUGUACAAUCAAAGCGCGAUACCGCGGCCAGACUCGCCGUACAGUUUGCUCGAACAGGUGCUGAGCGAUUUGCGCGAGAUCGAUGAUAAUAGUCAGACGCACAGCUACCUGCUGGAUGAUCAGCAAAGCUCAUCGGCGACCUCCUCCGGUGUACUGCCGAAAGACGGCGUACAAUUCUCACUUCAUCCUCAGCAACAGCAGCAGCAGCACAGCCAACGCAACCACCACCAAUCCUCACUAGCGCCGUGCGGUGGUGGGCUGAGCGGUGGUGCACAUGCCGCCUGCAACAAGGAGUGCUGCUGGAGCAGUCUGGAGCUGUCCCAUCAUCUUGCGUCGCCCGGUAAUGAGCGCAAACGGCGGCAUCAAUUCGCCCACCGGCGGCGAAGCUUUACCGCGCGCGGCUGGAUCAGCGACGACGAUGAGGACGAGGAAGAUGAUGUGCUGAAACAUUUGGAAGAGGAUGAUGAGGAGCUCGAGAAGCAUUUCGAGCAGAUUACGGCUAGCAUCAAUCCCGUCUUCCCGAACACUUCCAUCUGGGAGGAUGACGACGAGGAAGAAGAGGAUGACGAGGAGGAAGACGAGGAGGAAAGUGAGGAGGAGGAGGAUGAGGAUGAGGAAAAAGAUGACCGUGAGGUAGAUGAGGAGGAAGAUGAAGAGGAGGAGGAGGAAGACGCCCAGAACGGAAGCAUGUACGGUGGUGACAGCAGCAGUAGCCGGAGUCGAAGCCGGAACAGAACAUCGCGGCAUCAUCGCUACCGCAAUCAAUAUAACCAUCAGCACAGGCGGAGUGUUGCACGCGCCUCCUACCGUCCGUACGAUGGUGAGCAGUACGGUAAUGGCAAAUGCCAGAAGUUGCAAACCACCAAUUUGCUUGCAAACGGUACAGUCAGCACAAUCAUUGCCGGUUCCGGUGCGUCCCUCAAGUCGUCUAUCCUCGGUACGAAGGGUAGCACAAGCUGCAAUGGCAGCAACGGCAGCAUGAGCAAUGCGUCUGCCACAUCCACCGCUGGUCACGCGCAACAGUCAGCUGGUGCUACCGGCAACUCCUAUCAGGCGACACACUUUGGCGAUCAUAGCUAUACCCGGCCGAAGGGUGGCUACAACAUGAACGAGCUUGGCGUACAGACACCAUCUGACUCUGAUGAAGAAAUCGACGUGGUGUCUGUUGGCGAUAAAAACCUUCCGACGAACCCGACCGAACGGGACUACCGUCAUUUGCAAUCGGAAGUAGCGAGCAAGAUACGGACGGCAUCGUCACGCGGUACCACGAAUGGUUCGCUACCGUACGGUUCGAGUGCGCACCAUCACCACUACCAGCGUCAGCAUCAGCUGGGCGAUGGUCCGAGGCAGGGCCUUAACCAUCUCGGCGGCAUUUAUCCAACGCCGGCCAGCUCGACGACGAUAUCCGGUGCCAACACACCACUACCGACGCGAAGUGGUGGUGCGAGUGCCGCAUCCUCACCUCCGCCCGCCUGCACCACCGGCACGUCCGGUUCUGCAUCACGGAAAAGGCCGGUCGGUGGCGGCAGCAGCAGCAGCAAACGUUCGUCCAACUCAAGCAAACGAAUGCGGCCGGCCCAUUCGAAGCGUGGGGACGGCAAUGGUGGCCGGUACGAUUCGUGCGCACUGACGGAAGAGCUGGACACGGUGGAGAAGCGCAACCUGCACAACAACCUCGAACGGCAGCGCCGCAUCGGGCUGAAGAAUUUGUUCGAGGAGCUGAAACGGCAGAUACCGCAGCUGCGCGACAAGGACCGUGCGCCCAAGGUAAACAUAUUGCGUGAGGCUGCAACCCUAUGCAACCGUCUCAAUCAGGAGGCCGAACAAGUGAAUGAGCUUCGUCAGCAGCAGAUAAAGCUGUACGAACGCGUGCGCUAUUUGCGUGCCACGAUGCACAGUCAUCGGCACGGUGUGGAGUAAACCUGAGGGGCAGUGGGCGAGAACCUGAAGAGUGAGAGAAAACAAGGUACGGUAGAUAGCGGGAAGAAGAGAGUUCGAAAGAUACCUAGGAAAGGAUGUUGACUCCCACACGUGUGUCGGGUAAUAUGUUGCUGGUACACCACGCAUGAUCUUGUUUUUUGUUUUAAUUGGUUUUGCUAAUAUACAUUGGCAAAACCACAGCGAGAGACGAAUAGAAUAAACAAUUGAAGAAUUGGUUAGAGCUUAGGAGAGAAUAGGGGGGAGGGAUAUUAACGGAUAUGAAACAAACUAAUAGUUCCUGAUUUUUUGUUUUGGUUUGUUUGUAAACAAAAUCAAGCCUAACGUGUUAUUAAUAAUUUGUUCGAUGCGAUUGUACAUAGCUGGGAUUUAUAGUGGGAUAUGAAAUUUAGCGAUCUAAAGAUAACUAGAACUCGCUUUAAAAAGAGGAGAGCAUGAAACCCUUAAAAUUCAUCGUUGUGUUAAUUCUGAUACAGUGUUGACCAUUCGUUUAAGUCUUUUUGUUUUUUUUUCUCUUCUUUUUAUCUUUAACUUUUGUAAUCGAAAGGAUGCAUUUUUUUCUUCUUCCUAUUAAAUAUAUAAAUAUACAUAUACAUACAUGAUAUAUGAUGUCUGAUAACAGACUUGUACAGCACAGCAAGGAACCCCACUAGAGAGGGGGACAAGCAAAGACCUCUCUCGAGUGAAUCCGUUUACCUUUCUUACCUGUUUUUUGUCGGUCUAUACCCGUUGCUGCUAUUAGGUUUAAGAAUGCGCAGUUAAAUGUGCUCAGCCGACAAAAGGAAUAUAUAGUUUAUUGCGAAAGUUGAACCGUAAAUGGAACCGAAGGAUAUUACAGCUUUUUUUUUGUUUUGGGUGUGGUAUAUGGUACGCAGAAUGCGUCCGAAAGCACCCCCAAACACCCGUACCGAACGGUUUUGGGGAAUGGAAUUGCUCUGAGAAUCUUACCGAGUGCGUUAGGUUAUUGAGUUUGUUUUUUUUUAUAUACAUAUAUAUUUCUUUUACGAACAAUUGCUUGCUGCUGGGCGGUAAUAUUAUAAUUAUACUUUGCCUUUGGAAAGAUCGCGACAUUGAUCUAGCAAGGUUUAGAGUAAAGGGCAAGCAGGACAAGCAUAUGGUCUUGCUAUAUUAAACUCUCUCACUCUCUCUCAUUGGCUUCCUCUUUUGACACUAUGCACUAAAAUGCAAAAAAAAGUAGUUUGCUUUGCACAAGGUUAAUCGAACGAGAUGAUCCGUUUUAUGUGUGUAAGCGUUGUGAAAAUCGGGGAGAGCAUAAACAGCAUUUAUUCGUGCUUCGAAACUAUUAGUGAAGCUAUUGUACAUUCACAAAAAAAAAACUAAUAACACGAUUGCAUAUUAGGUAUUAUAUAUAAGAGAGUGCAUUUGCUGCACUCCAUAUAAACAUAAAACAAAAAAAACAAAAACACACAAACACGUAGAACAGGAUAUAUAAA